UCUUUUCACACAUAAAUAGUAGACCAUUUAGCGUUUUUUUUCUACAACUUGUUUGUAUAAUAUUUUUAUUUAUAUACAAAAAUUCACAGAUUCCCACAAGCAGCAAAUUAAAAGUAAACUAAUCCUACUUGUGGUGUAUCGAUUCAAAUCAGCCCUUCUCUUUUAUGUUAAUAUAAUCAAAUUCAUCACUGGUGAUUGUAUUUCAACUCUUAAUCAAAAUAUAUUCAAAGAGAAUGUCAACUCUCAAUGAUCUAUAUAUAAAAAGGGUACAUGUAUUUGUUAUUUUUGUAUCAUUAUUAACCUUUGAGAGCCAUUUUUUAUAGAACAAAGAGAUGAGUUUCAACGACCCUUCGUUAAACUCCAUCAUCCUUUGGUUCGCCGCCGUAACGUCUCUCUUGACUAUCUUCGUUAUCUUCACCCUCCUCGUUAUUUGUUUGAUCAAACGCCGUAGGUUUGUGGAUGUAUCACCGGAAACAGAAGACGACCACCGCCACCGCAGAAGAGAACCACAAGGCCAAGGGGUUAGCGCUUCUGUGAUUGCUGCCUUCCCGACAUUUUCUUACAAACUGGACAACAACGAUCUCGAGGGCAACAGUCAGGAGAUAGAGUGUCCGGUUUGCUUAGGGUUAAUCGCCAAGAAUGCUGUAAUUAAGGUUUUACCAAAUUGUAAGCACAUGUUUGAUGUGGAAUGUAUUGCUAGGUGGCUUGAAUCGCACACAACUUGCCCUGUGUGUCGUACAAUGGCUGAGCCGAUGGCUAGCACUGGGGACAAGGUUUUAGAAAGUAUAGAAUAGUUGAUGGUUAAUUUAUAUAUAUGUCUGUGACACCCCGACCAAGCAUAGCUGAAAUGGUCGGCGAUAUCAUGACACUUGUCUCCAGCCACAAGGCCGAAACAAUGUGUCUUUAGGAUCCCAGGACGUCUUUGACAAAAACCCACCAAUAUGAGCCGAACCUGAAAUGAAGAAAGAAGGAGGGGUGAGCAUUUCGACAAAUACUCAGUGAGGGAAGCUCUAGGAGCCCCGAAAUCAAUCACCAACAAUCAUCACACAACAUAGCAUAAGCAUCUAACUUUAACAUUCAGUAAAUCGAAAGCAAUCAACAAGAAACGAGGAUAAACCCCGGCGGUGCCAACAAUGAGACCACGCCACCUAAAUCGGUACCCGCGUUCCUCAUGUUGUCGCGCGAGAACUUUCAUGUUGCGUUGUCUCCACGACAUCACGCUGUCUCGCGCCUUCACGCAAUCAAGUUACCGACAUUGGUUCUCGC